AUAUUAUUCAGGUUUAACAAACUUUUCCUCUCUACUGGUUUCCAAAAAGAAAAAACUUUCCCUCUCUACGAUCUCUCUCUUAGUUUUUCCUUAGCUCCUAAGGUUUUACACUGUUAUCAGCCUGGUCAGGCCGUCAGGCCAAAUCCUCCGUUGGAAUCUUCGAAGCAAUGUCCAAGGAAAACGUUCAGGCGUACGGCGGAGGGCUCACGGCGGAACAAAGAAACCGCAUCUCUCGGAAUUUCAGAGCCGCCAAGGCCCUCAUUGAUCGCAAACGCCCCCGCAACGACGCCGUUUCACCUGAUCAUCACCUCCCUCAUACCAAAAUCUGUGGCGGAAAUGGAAUCCAAACGCCAACUCAGCUCAAUAGAGUUCAAAGAACACCGCCUCCGAUUUCCGCAAGCCGGUACAAUUCAGCGCGUGGUGAAUAUGGCAGUGCUUCGUGUUCCGGGAGCUUAAGCGUUAGCCGGACAGAAUCAAGCGUGUCAAAAUCGGAUUCUUUCACAACUCCAAUCAGACAUCAGUUUCUGACUUCAUUUGAUUCUUUCUCUGCAUCUGGAAUUCUUAACGAUGAUGAUUUCGAUGAGAGUAUUUUGCAGGAAAUUGACGCUUUAAUUGAGCAGAAACCAAGUGUGGACAUUCAGCGUGAUGAUAUUGGGAGUUGUGGUAGUGACGUUCGUGCCGCAUCAGCGCCGCCUUUGAGUAGUGAAAACCAAACGGAUUCCGUUAACCAUGGAUUGCCUAACAUGCCGGAUGAGUAUUUGAAGUAUUAGCUUUCUCUCAACGAAAGGCAGCGCGAGGCAGCUUGCAGCGAUAUUUCAGUACCUUUGAUGAUUGUUGGGCGCGUUCUAAUGCUGCUCAAUGAGGGCAUCAGCACGUCGAACAUUCUAGCAAUGACUUUCACUACAGCAGCAGCUUCCGAGAUGAGAGAUCGAAUUGGAUCUGUGACUGGGAAAGCAACGGCAAAACUACUAACAAUCAGUACAUUGCAUUCAUUUUCAUUGCAACUUUGCCGAUCACAUGCUGAGAAACUCGAGCGCAGACCAGAAUUUUUGAUAUAUGGACAUGGGCAACAGAGAAGAGCAAUCAUUGAAGCUGUGCGGUUAUCAGAAGAUGAAAAGAGUAAAACGAAUCUUAAUGUUGCUAUAGAUGGGGAAGAGUCUAACGGCGUAACAUCUCCACAUCAUUUUAAGGAUGCAUCAAAGAAAUGGCUGAAGUUUGUGACACAGGCAAAAGCUUCUGGAAAGACUCCCGCUGAAUGCCGAAGAAUGGGUGAUGUGACAGGAGGUGAAAUUCUUAGGAAUUACAAUGAUAUCUUGAAAUCGUGCAACGCUUUGGACUACCACGACUUAAUUAGCUGCUCUGUGAAGCUGCUACUAAGUGAUUUUCCUGAAGUGUUGAAGGAGUGCCAGGAGUCAUGGAAAGCUAUUGUAAUAGACGAGUUUCAAGACACAAGUGCUAUGCAAUAUAGUCUUUUGCGGAUUCUCGCCUCUCAUAACCACAUAACCAUUGUUGGUGAUGAUGAUCAGUCCAUUUUCAGUUUCAAUGGGGCGGACAUUUCUGGAUUUGAUUCUUUUCGUAAAGAUUUUUCAAAUUACAAAGAGAUUAGGCUUAAUAAAAACUUUCGGUCCACACGCUAUAUUGUGGAAGCUGCAUCUUCUGUUAUAAAAAACAAUAAGAAGCGAUGCCAACUAAAGAAUGUUGACACGGACAAUUCUUCUGGGUCUAAGGUAAUUAUCAAGGAAAGUCACAAUGAGGAUGCACAAUGUGCCUUUGUUGUCGACAAGAUCCUGGAGACUGCAUCUAAACGGUCAGAAGCAGGGUGCUUCUAUGGAAAUAUAGCAAUCCUUUACCGGAGGCAGGUAUCAGGAAAAGUCUUCCAGACAGCCUUGCGUGAAAGGAAAAUACCAUUUAAUGUUCAUGGAGUGGCAGUUUAUAGGAAGAAGGUAGUUAGAGCCAUUGUUGCUAUGAUUAAAACAACUUUGCCUGGUUGUGAUGAUGGAUCAUAUAGGCAAGUCUUCAAGGCUCUACUUGCUUUUGAGAAAGAGGAAAAGAAGAAGGUGAUCGAUUAUAUUGACAAAAUUUCAACUCACAGAAAAUGCAGCUUCAUAUCAGCUGCUUGUGACAUCUUUAGUGCAAAAAUUUCUGGUACCUUGAAGAGGACUCAGCUUACCCAAGGACGCAAGGUGCUGUUAACACUAGAGAUGAUUUCAAAACUUGUUCUCAGGGAACAAUCGAUUUCAGCUGUCAUAACCUCAGUUGCGAAUAUGGUACCACAGAAGUACCGUCUUGAGCAACGUGCAGUCGUUGAUAUAGAGGGAGGAAAACUGCUGAAUGAAGACAAUGACGUGAGAUCUGUUCUUCAGUACCUACUAGACGACGUAUCUGAUUUCUUAUCAACUCAUUUUGUUGCGGGAAAAGGGGAGAGAGAAGUCGUAGCAGAAGAAAAAGGCUGCGUUAAUUUACUCAAAGCAUUCAUCGACUACAUAUCUGAGCGGGAGAGUGAAAAUUUUCACUCCCGAAGACAUGACAACCAAAGUUCUGUCACUUUGACUACUAUUCAUCAGUCAAAAGGUUUAGAGUGGGAUAUAGUUUUCAUAAUUAAGGUAAAUGAAUCUGAGAUCCCGUUGUUGCAUGAAUUCAAUGGCGUUGCAAAAGAAAAUGGGACCUCCAUUGAGGAGGAAAGACGCCUAUUAUAUGUUGCAAUGACUCGUGCUCGAAAAAAGCUUUUCAUUCUUUAUGUUACGAUGGAUUCCAGUUGGCAGAUGCUUCAACCUUCGCGAUUUCUGAAAGAAAUUCCAAAUCUCUACGAGAAGUCCAGGUGUGCUGACGUAAGUACAGAAGGCUUGCAAUCAAAGCAUCAUGACCCUUCAAAAGAAACUACUCCGUCAACAGAUGAUCUCAAACCAAAUCUCCUACCUUCUGAAGUUGUUAUGGUUCAAAAUGAUCUCCAUCAUAGUAAAUUUGACGUUGCCUCUGCAGAAUUGAUGGAAUUUGGGGAGGAAAACCAUGGAAAUGGCUUCUUAAAAAGAUUCAGUGUGGAUGAGAGAUCGAUUAUCUCGCAUGUAUUUAAUGACUGGGCUAAGAAGCAAGCAUUUCAAGAUCCUAAGAGAUUACUUGACAAGAUUGGUUUUGUAAUAGAUGAACGCAUACGAGCCAAGAACUACAAACACAAGGACGGUUUGCGCUCACUCAAAUCUUGCUUGAAAGAUGAAGAUGCAUUUCAUUAUGCCCAAUAUGUUUUGAGAUGGCAGAAAAUAUCUGCAGAUCAACGCGCUCAUUUGAUGAGGGAAAAACAGGUUAGGUGUAAGACGGUUCCCUUUGUCAGACUUUGGUUGUUUUCGGUAGCGAACUAUUGCUUUGUGUUUGAGAACCAUUUGCCUUAACGCAUGAUGGACUUCCCUGCUGAGUGUACUCGUUCAUUGCUCCCACUGCCAGUCCCAUUCUUGUUUGAUCCAGUGCUGUCCUGCCAAAUGCCGCCCGGAGGGCUGAGGCCGGCUUGAAAGGUGGUGGUGGGAUUGGAGUUUGCGGGAAUUGGCUCGAUUUGAUCUAUCAGAAAUGAUGCGCUGCAGAUAUUCGACAACAAACUCCGAAGUCUUUGUUGUUGGACAUUCACAGUUCUUACACCUCUUCAUGUCUCUGAUUCGUAUGACUUAUUCCAAAUAUAAAAACUACGUGGAAGAGAGUUUUAGUUGAAGUGAAUGCUAGCUGUAGUAGUAGAUUUUGUAAUUUUUAUUUAUUUUAAAUGUAUUUAAGUAUCACAAUACAUGGUUAACCUAUUUAUAAUUAACAUAAAUAUUAUUGAUCUAUUGUUAAUA